AUGGUGGUGGUGGCGGCGGCUUUGCUUCCCAUCUGGGUCUUGGCUGCAGCAAAACAACACCACCAAGAAGGAGGUGAGAAGAAGAAGCUGAGGUUUGGGUCAGAUGGGCAGUUUAAGAUCCUGCAAGUGGCUGAUAUGCACUAUGGGAAUGGCAAGACCACGACUUGUUUGGACGUGUUGCCGAGCCAGUUUCCAACUUGCUCUGACCUCAACACCACCGUCUUUGUUCACCGCAUGAUUCAAGCUGAGAAGCCCAAUCUCAUUGUUUUCACCGGAGAUAACAUAUAUGGGUUUGAUGCCGCGGAUGCUGCUAAGUCUUUGAAUGAGGCAUUUGCCCCAGCAAUCUCGUCCAACAUCCCAUGGACAGCUGUUUUGGGGAAUCAUGAUCAGGAAUCCGACCUUUCGAGGGAAGGGGUGAUGAAACACAUAGUUGGGUUGCAGAACACUCGGGCUCAAGUUAAUCCUUUGGACCAAGAUGUUAUUGAUGGUUUUGGGAACUAUAACCUGGAGGUCUCUGGAGUUGAGGGCUCUGGUUUUGAAAACAAAUCGGUUCUUAAUCUCUACUUCCUUGACAGUGGAGAUUACUCCACGGUUCCCUCCAUAGGUGGCUAUGGUUGGAUCAAACCCUCCCAGCAAUAUUGGUUCGAACGAACUUCUGCAAAGCUUCGGAAAGCAUACACGAGCAAGCCACAGGCACAGAAAGCACCUGCGCCAGGGCUCACAUUCUUUCACAUACCAUUACCUGAAUUUGCUAGUUUUGACUCAUCAAACUUUACAGGAGUGAGGCAGGAAGGAAUUAGCUCUGCUUCUGUGAACUCUGGCUUUUUCACAACCAUGGUCGCAGCAGGAGAUGUGAAGGCAGCUUUCAUAGGCCAUGAUCACCUCAAUGACUUCUGUGGGGAGCUAUCUGGUAUAAACCUUUGUUAUGCUGGGGGCUUUGGAUAUCACGCUUAUGGGAAGGCUGGAUGGGAUAGGAGAUCAAGGGUGGUGGUAGCAAGCUUAGAGAAAUCCGAAAAGGGAGGUUGGGGAGCAGUCAAGUCAAUCAAAACUUGGAAGCGCCUUGAUGAUCAGCACCUCACUGCUAUUGAUGGUCAGGUUCUCUGGAGCAAGAGCUCUGCCGGUACGUACUCCUUAAAGGACAACGAAAAACUUCAGUGCCCUAUUCCUAGCUCAUUCUAG